AUGUGUGCGCAGGGACCCCCACUGGGCUCUGCCUGUAAGCGGCCGCUCAGUCAAUGUCUACGGAAAAAGCUGAGACCGGUGCGGAUCCUGGGCUUGGUCAUCAGUCUUCUGGCCCUAAGUGUUGUCUCCCUCAGUGCCUUGAGCUGGACUUCAGGUAGCCUCAGUGACCCAGCACUGCCUCAAGACACUCUUAGUCAGACAGCCCCCCACAGGACUCUACUUUUCACACAAAAUCAGAGAGACCCCAAUGUAUCAGUAGACAUGCCAAUGGCCAUGAAAUCUACAGCCAAUAGCAACAAUAGCCAAGGUGAUUACCCUCCGGACAUAUUCUCCCUGGUGACCCGGCGCAGGGGAGCCGUGGUCCUUCACAUGUUCGGCAUGAUCUACAUGUUCAUUGCCUUAGCCAUAGUGUGCGAUGAGUUUUUUGUCCCAGCACUGACAGUCAUCACAGAGAAACUGGCGAUCUCAGAUGACGUAGCAGGAGCCACCUUCAUGGCAGCAGGCGGCUCUGCUCCGGAGCUCUUCACCUCCAUCAUCGGAGUCUUCAUCUCACACAGUAACGUCGGAAUCGGGACCAUCGUGGGCUCGGCCGUCUUCAACAUUCUCUUCGUCAUUGGGAUGUGUGCCAUCUUCUCUAAGGAGAUCCUCAACUUGACCUGGUGGCCUCUGUUUAGGGAUGUCUCCUUCUACAUCUUGGACCUUAUAAUGCUCAUCAUCUUCUUCCUGGAUAACAUAAUCGCCGUCUGGGAAAGUGUUAUACUGCUCUCUGCGUACGCCGCCUACGUCAUCUUCAUGAAGUGCAACGGGAGCGUGGAGAAGUUCGUCAAAAAUUGCAUGAACAGAAAUCAAGUGGUGGAAGUGGAGGUGCAGCCCAAGCAAAGUCCGGUGGCUCCGGAGGAUGACACCAAGUUAUCGGCACGGCCGCGGCUCCAGAGGGGGGGCAGCUCGGCCUCUCUGCACAACAGCCUGAUGAGGAACAGCAUCUUUCAGCUCAUGAUCCACACUCUGGACCCUCUAAGUGAAGAAUUUGCUGAUUCUGGUGAGUGA